GGGUUGUUAGCACUUUUUAUAAGGAAGACCUGGAAGCCACACCUCUCCCCCUACCAAUAAGUACAAGUAUCCUUGUUGACUUCUACUAUUUAGGUAAUAACAGGCAGCGUGGAAAAGGACAACAGAAUAUAAAAUCCAUCAACAAAGAUGAAAGGUUUUACACUCCUUGCGAUUAUUGUUGCAUAUGCUUACAGCAGUCAUGCAACCCUGCUCAUACAGGGCCCAGACAAGCCUGUUCUGGAGAACGGUAAUAUCACCCUGCGAUGUCUGGUCUCCAGCUCAGAGCUCAACACCAGCCAGGUCCAUUUCGAGAAGUUCUCCAAGUACUUGAUGCAGUGGUACCGAUUGGGGGAGGGGUACAUGUACCGUCGGUGUUUUCCUGAGUUUACCUUGAAGCGAGAGGGCGACAGUCUGCUCCUGUCUAUCAGCCGUGUCUACAGCUAUUUCCACCAGGGACUCUACCGCUGUGUCGCAGACAACACCACGACAAAUGAAAACGCCUCCCAGCCCCUGGCUAUCACGGUCAGCUACAUGCGUGAGCUCUCCGUGUAUGAUGUGUCCUCCUCCAGCCGGAAUUUCAUCAAGGAGAACCUGCAUGUGACCGCGGGGGAGAAUGUGGAGGUUGAGUGCUCCACCACGGCCUCAGAGAAACCACAGUACCUUUGGCAGAAAGUUGGAGAGGACUGGAUUCAGUCCUCCUCCAAGCUGAAGCUGAAGAAGGUGAGAAUGGAGGAUAGUGGAGUCUACGCCUGCGUUGCCACGCACCCCACCGAGUCCAGCCUGAAAAAGAGGCUCAACAUCUCCAUCACUGUGCUGCCUGCCAGCGUAAACAGUUUCCAGCAAGCUUGGUUUAACUCCACGAACGUGAUGUUGAUGUCCUUAGCGGUGGGGUUGGUCCUGCUGGUGCUGAUCCUGUCUAUGACUGCCUUCCUGGUUCGCAGAGCCAAGCAGACCAAGAGCACCAAGAGCACCAAGGGACCCAUUGAUGACCACUCCCAGAAGAAACCCAUCUACAAAGCCAGUGUGGAGUCUCUGCCCUCUACCAGUGGAGACACCCAGCCACUGGUGUGACCGUGCCAAGAGAUGGAAGGAGGAGAGGAGGAGCAGAAGGGGACUCACUGGAGAAAGAUGGUGAAGGGGGCAAGAGAGUGAAGAAUAGGAAGGAGGACAGAUGUCUGGGUUAUGGAUGCGGAGUAACAUCAGAGCUAUUAUCUAAGGCUGGCUGGGUGUAAAAGGAGGCGGACCAACAAUUGCUUUACUGGGGUGUUAUGCUUUCACUAGGGCUGGCUAAGUGUUCUUGAACAAAAGGUGUGCAAUUUUCUCUAUUGAUCUCGCAACCAGUAAAAUUUAGAUUUUCGUUCUUAUGUAGGGCAAUGGGAGUACUUUAUUAGCAGCACGCAGCUGCAGACGUUUGUCCUCGAGUGGUAACCUUGAGUUAACCUGAGUUAACUAAACUGUUGUAUCACUGGUGUGCCUUUUUUCUUGUUGUUUUAAAAUUUUACCUGUUUUUAAAAAAGGACGUGGAAAAUAGAAAUGUAUAACUUUAUGUAGCAUAUCAGUGCUGAAUCACUGAAAAAUUAUGAUAUAUCUAUAUUCCAAUGACAACUGCAUCUUUGCACUCAGAGCUAACUAUUUGCUGCAUUUUCUGUACUUUGAAUAUUUGUUAUAUAAAGAUCCUUAAGUUCUAA